GUGUGUGUGUGUGUGUGUGUGUACGUGUGGAGGGAGAUAUCGCUGUAAAAAAAAAAAAAACAGGAAGAGAAGAUAGAGCAGCGCGCACUCUGACACCUCUUCAACUCUCCGGCUGUCAAAGUUCUCGGUCUGUCCCCGGCAGAAGGUUCCCUCUCAUGGGCAAAGUGAAGGGCAACUCCGGGCCCUUGGCUCAGAGGCCGGAUAACUCUGCUUUCAAACAGCAGAGGCUGCCUGCCUGGUCCCCCAUGCUAACUGCUAACACUGUGCUGCCGUUCUUCUACUUCAUGGCUCUGAUAUGUAUGCUGCUGGGAGUGUGGCUGCUCCUCACAGUGCAGAGCAUACAGGAAGUAAAGCUGGACUACACAGAGGCCGGGACGUGUGAUGUAUGUUUUGAAAAACGUAAAAAUGUGAGCAACGCCGGCCAAUCCUGCAGCUGCACCGUGGAGUUCUCUAUUGAGAAAGCAUUCAAGGGAGAUGUCUUCUUCUACUACGGCCUCCGCAACUUCCAUCAGAACCUGCGCAGGUACAUGGACUCAAGAGAUGACGGACAGAUGGUUGGCAGGAAGAAUAAGUUGAAGAAUCCCACCACAUACUGUCAACCGUUUGACAAAGACAGUGCAGGACGCCCCAUUGCCCCCUGUGGUGCUGUGGCCAACAGUAUGUUCAAUGACUCCUUCAGUCUGAAAUAUCAUGGCCCCACUGGUGCUUCAGUUCCCGUUCCGUUGUAUAGGAAGGGCAUCACCUGGUACACGGACAAAAAUGUCAAGUACCGCAACCCGAGGACGGAGAACCUGACGCUGGCUCAAGAGUUUGAAGGUGUAGCAAAGCCUCCGUACUGGAAGAACCCUGUGUACCAGCUCGAUGUACUCGACCCGACCAACAACGGCUUCAUCAAUGACGACCUGAUCGUGUGGAUGAGAGAGGCAGCCUUCCCCAACUUCAGGAAGCUUUAUGGGAUUUUAUACAGAGCAGACAAGCCCUUUACUAAGGGUCUACCAGUGGGAAACUACAGUAUCAAGAUAUCCUACAACUUCCCCGUGCAGUACUUCCGAGGCAGAAAGGAAGUGAUGCUGACCACGCUGACCUGGUUCGGAGGUCAGAACCACUUCCUGCCCAUCGCUUACCUCGUAACCAGCAGCCUGAGCUUCCUGUUGGCUGUCGUCCUCACCGUGGUCUGGUGGAAGUUUGGGAAGGACGGGAAGAACAUGGAGGAGUGACGGGAAGAACAUGGAGGAGUGACGGAAGAACAUGGAGGAGUGACGGGUAACAAUGUGGUCACGGAUGGUGGGAAUCUCACGAGCAGCCGUGCCAUUCGACCACGUUUCAAAGAGAAAACAAUCUGAAAUGUCAAGAAUGUGAUUCUUAAUAUCAGGGAGGGAGCGAUGUGCUGAAUCUCAGCACUGCUGUGAUUCAGUCGUUAAGAUAAUUCCAGAACAACAUCUGGACUUCGAGUGUGAUAUUACUUUAUACAGCAGUUAUACAAGCAGGAAAAAAGUUAUAAAAAGUAAAAAUUGACAACAGAUUAUUUUUAACUUCACCAACUCAACACGUUCAACGGCUGUUGUCUAGGAACCCGAAACAUUCUUUUCUACUGCUACUCUGCUUGUAUCCAUGGUUACCACAGAGCAGCGACUUUGUAGUAUGAACCUUUACUUGUAUGUGUGUCAGAGGAAAUUAAUUUGAUCAUGAAAGCAGUGAAAUCAGAGUCUGUUGUGUGAUUCUGAGGUUUGAGAUUUAUGAUUAAAGACAAAACAAUGUCAGCAAAAAGUAUCCUGGCUUAGGAGGAGUGAUACAUACUGUGAAAAGUCCCUGUCCUAGUCCUAGCCUCUUGUCCAAUCAGAUCGCUUGAUCAGAACUAACUGUUGUAUAAAUGAAAAUGAAGUUUAAGGAGAGUGGCAUAAAGAAAGAAAUGUUCAUUUGUUUGUAUUUCACAUCUAGAAAUGUUCUUCCUCAACUAAAUACCUUUAUGUGAUGUCUCUGUGAACGCUGCGUUGUGUUUGAACAUGCUUUGAGCCUCGUGUUUUUUUAAAUUUCAUUUGAUGAACCCUCGCAUUAAUACUUUUAUAAUUAACAUAUUUAUUUAAAAAAAAAUAAAAAAAGGUUUAAGGGAAAUUGUAUGUUGUAAUGUAAUCUUUAAAGGUGAAUGAAAUGUGAUUUUGCAGAUGUUUUUUAGCUUUUAAUUACAGCUUCUGUUUCUUUAAUGUUGGUAAUUUACUAUCAAAAAUGAUGCUUUUUAUAUGAACAUAUGUCAUGUCUGAUUCUCCUGCUGUAGUAACGGCUCUGUGUGACUAUACUGUAUGGAACAUAAGAAUAAUGAAGAUUUUGUUAUUGUUUACAUGAAUGUGCUCUUGUGUAACCUUAUUCACCAUCUUACUGAAGCAUUAAGAGUAUGGACAAUUGGCUAACUAGCACCUCACACAAAGUACAGCUUCAGCCAGAAGGAGUAUUAUUAUCAGGCAUGAGGUUAUGAACUCGUGUGUUUGGGCACGUUUAAACUUGGCGACAGGUGCAGAUGAAAACCAACAAAUCAGUCAAACUACUUGAGAUUUGAAUAAAAGCCAAAGUGAUGGACAGACUUACCAAUAGAAUAGAUUUCAAUCCUGUUAGCAGGGCUAUAAAAAAAAAAGCUUACCGGUACCUUCUACGUCUAUUGACUGCUGUACUUGAAGUGAUUGUGCAGCUCUGUAUACUCAGCUACAUGAGUCAAAACGAAGUUAACUAACAGACCUCAAUGUGUUGUACUGUACUGAUCAUGGCCUAUAAUGUUUUUUAAGUAUGUUAAUAGCAUUCUUGUUCACAUCAUAAUUGAUAACAUCCUGUCUUUUUCUACAUGAUGUGCAUCAACAUGCUGUUUCUUGAAAACCUGAAAAUAAAAUUAACGAUUAUUUCGAUUGUGAAGAA